GAGGAGCCUCUGGUGGGUGGGGCCAUGGGCGGGAUCGCUAGGUGACAUGGAGUCCUGUCUGGUCCGAGGGGCGUUCGAGGCCUGGGUGCUGGGAGAGCCCAGGAGGCCUACCCAGGUUGGAUGGGGUGGAGGAGCGCGGGCCGAGGCCACAAAAGAUGGAAGGGACCCCUCCCAGCUCUAGGGAGCUCAGGGUACGCAGUUACAGUGUGUCUGGGCCUGUGGAUGCACACAGCGCCAUCCUUUCCUUCUAACUAGAAAAGAGCUAAUCCCUGGAGCUCAGUGCGUCUGGAGCUCACGCGCGUCUCCUUCAACUCACAUCCUACCGAAGCCCCAUCAUGUGCGGGAAGUAAAGUGACUCACCCCAAACCACUCAGGACGCCUUCAAGUGCCCUGCCUUUUUCCUGCAUCCCCGGGGGACAGGUUUGGUCUGGGGUGGGUGGUGGGGAAGAAACAGAAGUUUUGGUACCUUGCCUUUCCGAGGUUGGGUCACAGGCCCAGAGUCCUCUCAGCUUUUCCCAGUGCCAGGCACGGGGGCAACCCUUCUAUGGUACUGUGAGACGGGUGAUUAGAAAGUUCUUUGUAAAUUAUUGUUGGGAGGAUUGGGCCGCGGGAAGGGAAUGCUUGAAAAGGGGUGUGGGUGUCUGAGGGACACCGCAAGAUGAAGCAGGAGAGAGAGCAAAGAUGGCUAAGGAAAAUUCUGGAAAAGGAUGGGGGAUGGUUAUUGGGAGUCUGCACCAGGUUGGGAAAAAAAAAAAAAACACCUGCAAGUAGGGAAAUUCCACCUGCUCGGGUGGGUUUUCUUCCAGCCCACCUUACCCCCUAUGAUGAGCCAUUCUCUCCAGGGUCCCUUGUGUUAACUGAGUCCACGAAGCAUCUUUACUCUCCAACAAGAGGGCAUGGCAGAUGUCAACCUGCAGAGGAGGAAGAAGGCCUGUAUAGCAGUAUGCUUCACGUGUGAGAUUAAUGAAGCUGGUAAGUGGCAGAGACCUGCUGGUUCUUUCUGCCUACACUCCACAUACCUGCUGCAGAAAUGGCUCUCAGUGUGAACACAGUAAGCCCACAGGAGAUUCCUUCUUCUCAGCAGAGGACCCUAGGGUCCAGAGGAGGAGGAAGAAACAAGGGCUAAGCAGCCAUGCUCUGGAAGCCUGGAUCCCAGAACAGAAGCUGGGCAGGCUGUUCCUAACAGGACUCUUUGCCAGCACGUCAGCCUCCUGCCAUGUCCGACCCCAUUACACUGAAUGUUGGGGGGAAGCUCUACACUACCUCACUGGCAACCCUGACCAGCUUCCCUGACUCUAUGCUGGGUGCCAUGUUCAGUGGGAAGAUGCCCACCAAGAAGGACAGCCAGGGCAACUGCUUUAUUGACCGGGACGGCAAAGUGUUCCGCUACAUCCUCAACUUCCUGCGGACCUCCCACCUGGACCUGCCAGAGGACUUCCAGGAGAUGGGCCUGCUCCGCAGGGAAGCCGACUUCUACCAGGUACAGCCCCUGAUCGAGGCCUUGCAGGAGAAGGAGAUAGAGCUCUCCAAGGCAGAGAAGAAUGCCAUGCUGAACAUCACACUGAAGCAGCAUGUGCAGACCGUCCACUUCACGGUACGGGAGGCACCCCAGAUCUACAGCCUGUCAUCUUCCAGCAUGGAGGUGUUCAACGCCAACAUCUUCAGUACAUCCUGUCUCUUCCUCAAACUCCUGGGCUCUAAGCUCUUCUACUGCUCCAAUGGCAAUCUCUCUUCCAUCACCAGCCACUUGCAGGACCCCAACCACCUAACUCUGGACUGGGUGGCCAAUGUAGAGGGCCUGCCAGAGGAAGAGUACACCAAGCAGAACCUCAAGAGGCUAUGGGUGGUACCUGCCAACAAACAGAUCAACAGCUUUCAGGUCUUUGUGGAGGAGGUACUGAAAAUCGCCCUGAGUGAUGGCUUCUGCAUCGACUCUUCUCACCCACACGCUCUGGAUUUUAUGAACAAUAAGAUCAUUCGAUUAAUACGGUACAGGUAAAAAGACCCCAUCAACAUUGGGUGGGGGUUCCCAAGAAGCUUAUGUCAGCCAAGGCCUUGAGGAGAGCGUCUCACCAGUGGCAGGAAGCAGGGAACUAUACUAAUCUGUAUUAAUUGCAUAGCAGGACUUGAUUCCCUCAUGAUGAAGCCCACCUUUUGGAAUCCACAUGUCCUCUGCACAGAACCACCUUUUUCUUGCCAUUUUGAGCUCAAGAUGGACAGUUCGUUAUGACAAGUGAAGAGUCAGCUGAUGCAUACAAAGGAGCCUACAGGAAGACUU